UGUUUUUUUUCUACAACAAUGAAGUUAGCUAAUACAAUAGUUAWUAAACUACAUGCAGUCCUUGGUUUAUCUAACAAACUGCCGUAAUAUCAAACAAUGUAUAUGUCCAGACAAGCCCCCCCCAAUCUUCGCCUGGCCGCCAUCUUCAAUUUUAAAUGUUUGUUUUCUCUGACGUUUAAACUAAUGGUAUUUCUAUUUGUUCAGACCUCGGAUUGCAGGAUGAAUCACGUAAUAGUACAAACGCUUGAAUAACAAAGUCCAGAAUGCAUAGUYCUAAAUUCUUGUCUAUAUCAACAGAAGAUUAAACCACGCUAGCCUCCCCUCAUCCUCACUCUGCAGAUCUUCAAGCACAGAUUAGAGUAUAUGCGCCUUACUCUGGCGUAAUGAAGUAGAUGGGGGAAUCAAAGAACAUGGUGUUGAAUGGCAGGCGGCAUGGCAGCAGAUUCUCCAGUGAUCUAUCCAUAACCUCGGCCAGGUCGCUGCGACAGAGCAAGGGCUCCUUUAGAAGCAGGAGAUGUAGUCGACGUGUCAGCAGUUCUGCCRUAGAGGCAGAGAGACGUCAUACCCCAUCAUCUGGUAUGACUGCAAAGGAGCUCUGUGAGAAUGAUGACUUGACUACAAGCCUUAUUCUAGACCCCUACCUUGGCUUCCAGACCCAUAAGAUGAAUAGGAGGUUUCGACCCGUCAAGGACCGACAUAGACAUUUGAAGGAGGUGCUAGAGUGCUUUAAAAAACAUGACAACCUUGAGAAGGCCUUCCAUGCCUUGACUGCAGGGGACUGGUCAAGACACCACUUUCCGCACAAGACYAAGGCACAGGGCAAACUCUUCAAAGAGCAUGUUUUUGUUUACCUACGAAUGUUUGCAACUAACAGUGGGUUUGAAAUACUUCCUUGCAAUCGUUAUUCCUCUGAGCAGAAUGGAGCCAAAAUUGUAGCAACAAAAGACUGGAAAACCAAUGAUAAGAUAGAAUACCUGGUGGGCUGCAUCGCUGAGCUAUCGCAAAAUGAGGAAAGUGUGUUACUGCGACAUGGAGAAAAUGACUUCAGUGUGAUGUACUCCACCCGCAAGAACUGUGCUCAACUGUGGCUGGGACCUGCAGCCUUCAUCAACCAUGAUUGCAGGCCAAAUUGCAAGUUUGUUUCCACUGGGCGAGAUACAGCUUGUGUCAAGGUUCUUGGGGAUAUUGAACCCGGGGAAGAGAUCUCCUGUUAUUAUGGAGAUGGCUUCUUUGGGGAAAAUAAUGAACUAUGUGAAUGUUACACAUGUGAAAGACGAGGUGCUGGUGCUUUCAAAUCGAAGACUGGACAGCCUACGCCCACUCCAAUUAUCAACAGCAUGUAUGGCCUGAGAGAGACAGARAAACGUCUCAAUCGGCUGAAGAAACUAGAAGACAGCAAAUGCUCUGGCAGUCAGUUGGAAGGCUCUAAUAUGGAUCCAGACUCUCAGGAAAAUCAUGACACACAUCCAUCAGUAGGGAGGACAGCCCGCUCUAGUGUGACAKGGCUCAGUGACGCACAAGCUCUAAGCAGGCAAACUCUGUCCAAAAUGCCUAUCCCUACCUCAUCGUUCAAUCAAAGACACUCAAAGAACUCCAACGUGCCAAAGAGGCUAAAAUCAAAGUCCAUAAAGCCUUUGCUCAAGUUAGGAAGAAGGUGUCAGGUAACUGCCCACAAGUGCCCCAUUGAGGUGGAAGCUAUGGGUUUGUGCCUUAAGGACCCCACAAAAUGUGUCAAUAACAGGGUCUCACAAAAGAGAGAGAUGGAUAAGAAAGGGCCCGUGCAAGUGGUGGGAACAAGGGGUGGUCUUGAGCACUAUACUGCGAAGGAAAACCAUCAGAAAUCAGUGAAAGAUGUUAGUAGGUGCCCUGAUGGUUUAGCAUGCACUCACAGAACUCGCAGUUCAACCAGAGCAUCAGUUGGCACACAGGAGUCUGACAACAUUAAACUUGAACCAAACUUGCCACCCAUCCACUGCGUUGUGGUUAGUAAGACCAAGCCUAUGGACCUUGGUGAUUGUGUCACAGACAGUCACUGGAUGAACAGCUCAAGCCUGGAUAUCGGCUGUCCAAAGACGGAGAACUGUCCCAGAUAUAAGCAAAUUAUAAAGCAGGAAGAGCACUCUUUCCGACCAGCAUCCCUUCUCAAGGAGGAGGUUUCAGACCUGCACCAUACAGCCUGUACCACAGACAGAGCUGAUGGCAGGAAAGAACUGCAAGGCCUGCCUGAUGGUCAUGAGCCCUACAACCUGUCUAAGGGAGACAAGCUUCUCCACCUUGGCAAGGGGAAGAAGAAACAGCAGAUUACGCGCUAUGAUUCCCAGCUGAUCCUAGCCAACAACAACUCAGGUGUCCCCAAAUUGACCCUGCGGAGACGAAGGGACAGCAGCAGCAGUAGGAUUGAGCCUGGUGAGGCAGACCCUGUCAAGUCCUCCAGCUCCACAAAGACCAGCAUGAAAUUUGGUAAGGACCAUCAUGCAAAGACCAAGAGGAGRUCUUAUGCAGCCAGACUGAGUAAUGGGACUUUCAGUCCUGUGGACCACAUCCGCUCCUCCAAACAUGGCCUCAGUCCUGUGGACCACAUCCGCUCCUCCAAACAUGGCCUCAGUCCUGUGGACCACAUCCGCUCUUCCAAACAUGCCUCAGUCCUGUGGACCACAUCCGCUCCUCCAAACAUGGCCUCAGUCCUGUGGACCACAUCCGCUCCUCCAAACAUGGCCUCAGUCCUGUGGACCACAUCUGCUCCUCCAAACUGCAGAUUCAGCUGCAGCGUGAGCAGGACAGCAGGAGACUCAGCCAGUAUCACCAUGGUACUGGGCCCUUCACGGGUAUAGUAGAGAGGGAAGCAGGUGAGGUCUUUGGGCCGACUGUAGCAACAUUUGGGAUGCAUGAUGACACAGAGGAAGACUCGUCCUCCUCUGAAGAAGAGGAUGAAGACGACGUCUCUGACUCUGACCAUGAAGAGUUCGACGAUUUCAUUCCACUUCCACCAACAAAACGCCUCCGACUUAUUGUUGGUAAAGACUCUAUAGAUAUUGAUAUUGCAUCAAGGAGACGUGAAAAUCAGUCACGCACAGUCAAUGCAUGAGCUUUAUGGAUCUUUAUUUGACUAGUUGAUUUAAGUCAACAAAACAAAAAAAUCCCAUGCUGUUGUAAAAUGUUAACUAUUUUUGUACAUGAUGGAACUUGAUUUGUUAUUCAUAUAGUAGAAUGUGUAUAUUUUACAUAGCAUACAAUGUGUAGGCCUUUAUUUUUAUAUCUUCAGCUUUAUUUUGUACAAUUGUUAAUUAUAUUUAAAGCCUUUUCUUGUUUGUGGGGUAAACAUGCUAAAUUUUGCUUCACUGACAUUCACAAGAAUGGAACCUUUUGGGAACACACAUGAUGUGCUUUUGUCCGCAUGGCAGUGUAUACAUGCAUAUAAAAUAAUGUGUUUUAUAUAUUGUUUUGAGAGUUUGAAAGGAACCGAAUUGUUUCUUGCUGGAAGUCUGUGAAAAUGUGUUUGACUUCCAGUGAUUCCUGGGAGCUGGUCUGUGACAUUUUUGCCCCGUUUUUAAUAUUUCAUUCAUUAAUCAAAAUGUCUUGGUGAUUAUAUUAACUUUUCAGUUUGUGAAGAGAUGGAUUGUCUGUUUAUUCUAUUCAUUUCACUAAGUCACUCAAUUCUCAAACUGUAUCACUUCUCAGUCUCCGUUUAACAAUCACAAAUUCAUUACAACUUACUUGGUCUGGCAUUGGUAAUGUAGAUAUUCAAACACUUUGAAAAUCAGAUGUUUUACUUACUUUGCUAUUUUGUUCACCAUUUGUUCAUCUGAAUGACUUUCUGUCUGCUGUGCGUGAAUGAUGUGCAUGUCUCAACUUCUUAAAUUGCUCUGUCAUUUUUUUAUACUAGGUUGAUUUUAAAGUCGGUUGUACAACUUUGGUGGACCUGUCACUGUAUGCUGUCAUACGUAGGCUACUGUCUGUGGUCUUGAUUAAGCUACACUACAUGGCCAAAAGUAUGUGGACACCUGCUCGUCGAWCAUCUCAUUCCAAAAUCAUGGGCAUUAAUAUGGAGUUGGUCCCUCCUUUGCUGCUAUAACAGCCUCCACUCUUCUGGGAAGGCUUUCCACAAGAUGUUAGGAACAUUACUGCGAGGACUUUCGUUCGGGGUUCCAAUUCAUCCCAAAGGUGUUCGAAGGGGUUGAGGUCAGGACUCUGUGCAGGCCAGUCAKAUUCUUACACACC